AUGUUGGACCAACAAGAUGGCAUGCACAAACAAGAGCGGUAAUUGUUUUAUCGGAUUAAUGCUCGCAUCUCUUGUUUUUUAAUGAAUAUUCUAUCAGUCAUGGCCUUUCGUUACUAGUAGGGAUAUACAUUCUGCUCUAGGUCACUGGAAAGCGGCAUGGCAUUGUUUUCGGAAUUAACAAAUUACGUGCAAUUCCUGGUCUGAGGGGUUCGCAGUUGCUCUGUGGGAUGUUGUAGUAGGUGGGAUGAGGUUUAUAGCUGUAAGGCAUUCUGUAGGCUUGGUUUUCGAAUUUUAGUUUUACAUAUUUUGCCUUUUCUUACUUGCACUUUUAUGCUUUAUGUUAGACAGAAAAACAUAAUUAAUACUUACUUUAUUGUCUACAGUACCUAUUCACUUUUAUAACUGUAGGUUUGCUUAAUUACCAUUUAAAUAUGCAGAAUUUGCUAUAAUCUAAAUUAAGUGUGUGCUUUAGCAUGCGUACCUUAAAUACAUCUGUUUUCACUGUUAUGUAUAUGCUUGCCUUCAAGAUGACUAAUAAGGCAAUCGCUCUCUUUUUCUCUUUAAUUAGCUAUUAACAGUCUUUUGGUUCGGCCGAGAAAUCUGAAUUUGCCUUUAUCGGGUUUUAAAUGACUUCUAGGUUUGAAGGAUGGUUAAUAUAAAAAAUGGCAGUUUGUAAGUUUAGAUUGUUAACCUUAGUGUUAUUGCAAGAUAUUAACGUAAUGAGAUGGUAAGAUACUAACAUAAGCUUGUAUCACUUUAAAAGAUUUCAAUCUUAGUAUAUUACUUUAUAAUGUUACAUUAUGUUGCUCAUUGCGCUUACUCUAGUUCUAACAUCUAAAAUAUGUUUCCAAGCUUUUACAUUCAAAUCUGUACACCAAUUAGACAAAACAAUUGUCGUACGAUGCCUAAGCUGCAGUCUGGUGAACCGAAACAACAUGUACAGUCCUUCAUAACAACCGCGAAACAAAACUUUAGCGCGCUGUUUCGAAAUUCUAGCCAUUUAAAUAUGAAGAUAGCAGAAAAAAGAUAUAUAUGGGCGCUAAUCUGUGUUAUUAUCCCCUGUGGCCAAGUCAAAGCACUCAACGCAGUUGAAGACAACUUCAGUUUUGGGGAAUUAAUAAAAUUCGGCGUCGAUGAUCGUGCCGUACGUCUUCUCGAGAGUCCUUUUACUUUCGAAGAAGUGCGGGAACCUCUUCGUCCCCCCCCCCUUCCCUUUUGGAGAUCUGCCCGUUGGGAUUCUAGGUCGGUGUUGCCAUCGAGCCAACAGAUUUUUCGCCCUUCCUCUUAACUUUGCCUAGCUUAUUCUCUCUCAAUCACACUAACACGAUUUUCGCUCUAUAAACAUGCACGUUUCCUUUGUUCCGCAAAUAAAAAUGUAAUGUUCCUGUUGUGUGGUACUUGGUGGGGCCGUUGGUGCUGGUCGUGUGCACGUCUUCACGUUUUCCCGUGUUUGUCCUCUUAAUUACAGUAAUAAAAUUAGGCUUUAUGUUUUUCGAGCACUUUCUUGAUAGUUAAAGACCUUGUAUUAGGGUUGUAGGAUAAACACAUGCUUUAGACGUACAAGAUGAUACCCAAGUUCCCUUUCUUUCCCAACUCGAAAACCUUAACAAUGCGCUUUAUAAGUUGUACUGCUUCGAAGCCAAAUUUGAAGGAACUCUUCGUACAAUGUUAUAUUUGUGCUCGCCUCAAGUACUUUUAUUCAAACAAAGUCUGUUUUGGCUGACGAUAACCGUGUUUGGCUCAUUUUAUAAUGCGUUUUGCUAGCGAGGAUAUGAAACAAGUUUUGUGCGACGAAAAACAGCCAUCUGAAGGCCUUAGGAACGCGGCCUCUGUCUUAAAUUGUUUGCACACUGCGCGAAACACCUGGACAUUGAAAUCGCCCUCAGGCAACCAAAUAUAUAAUUCCUUUAAGAUUGGGAACAAACAUGAUAUUGAGCAUUCCUUUCCUUUCUUGCCUCGUUUGAGUCAGCCGUCUCGCCUCUCUGGUUGUUCACAUUAGGUACUGAUAACGAUAACCCUAUCACUUCCAGAGUUUCAAUAGAAAAUGAAACCCAAGAAGAAGAGACAGAGUUUGGCCACGCGUUUCUGAAAGAAGACCAACCCUACGAAGUCUCCCAUUCUACCAGUCCCACUUCCUCAACCAACACCUGGUCCACGGCCGCUUCCGAGCGCUACGCCGACUCCUGGAACCGCAGCGUCGCCAUGGACGGGUUGAGUUUUCAGCUACAGUCCGGUGUUUACAAACAGGCCAUCGUCUGGCCGAAGCCUGAGAUCUCGCUCAAAGAUCUACGCAAAGAAGCCGCCGCUUUCAUCGCCAGCAAGGUAAGACACUUUCAUUAACAUAUUGUAGCCAUUUUUGAGAUAAAAUGUUCAAGACAAGGUUCGAAGAGAGGAUUCUAAGGCUUUCUAUUAGUUUUUUCAUUAUUUGUUUAAAUCGUGUGUCGUCGUACACGUUUGGUCAAAAGUAAAUAGAAAAUGAAAAGGAAAGGACAAAGUUUGCUUCCAGAAGACGAUUUUACAAUAUUUGCCGAAAAUGGUAUUUUACUAAAAAACCACUUGAAAAUCAAAAAUUUUAGCUUGUUAUGUUACAGUAAGUCACAGAAAUAAAAGCACAUUGGAGGAUUAUUACCUAAUAUUCAAAGAAAAGAUUUCGUCAAGUUUGAAAACCAAAAUGGCAAAAUCUUUUUAUUUUAGCGAAAUUACCAGAAAAGUGACAUUUCGUUAAAAAAAUAUUAAUUUUCUAGAAUUUUUCUGAAAAAUAUAUGUAGAUCUUUGUGGACAUUUUCCUACUUUUUACAAACCUUCUAUAACACAAUUGGGAUAUAUCAAAAAUAUUAUUCUUCUUUUGGGAGAGGUAAAAAAACAAUUCCGAAAAGAAUUCUUAAACUUGUAAAUAAAUUGCAAUUUUACUAUAGUAUAAAGAAUAUUAUUGUUUUAGUAUGCCUCAACCGACACUCCAGAAUCGAUUUUGGACCACUUGCUUCUGUAUCGGCACGAUCUUCGGUCGAUCAACAUUCUCCAGCUGAUAACCUCGUCCGAAGAAGUUACAGAAGGCACGUUGAUCGAGGCCGUGAUUAGUGGUAAGUCUAUUUAUUUUUAAAAUACCGUUCGAAAUGAUCUUACUCUUUAUAUUCUACUCUAAACGGUUGUUUCCACUAAUUAGUUCACCCGAAAGUAGGUCUUUUCCGCAAUUUUUUCUCAAAAAUAUUGUUUUUGGUCCGACUAAGUUUAAAUUGCUCGUGGAUUCUGAAUCUUACCAACUUCUAACCACCUGUGUGCGGAAUAGACCUAGUACAGAAUCAGAUGAGCAGUCCUUAAAUAAUUGACUACCAAAACGGAAACGGGAUAUUAAAAUGCGUGGAUCCAGGAAACAGGGCGUUAUGGCGGCUUCUUGGCGUUGAGACCAAGAGCCGGCCUUUUCCUCACCUAGUAGGCCAAAAAGAGACUCGGUCCUUUCACAAAAAAAACAUUUUACACUACUCAUUCACACUCAAAUAUUCCCAUACUUCGCCUUUUAAUCUCUAAAUGUAUUAAGUUGUUAUGCGUCGACGUAAGUGCACUUCUGAUUUGUUUAUACAUCUUAAUCGGUCUUUUAUUGUCCUAGUACCUUGAACUUGAUACAUGAUGAAAGGCAAUCAUUUGAACAUAUUUAAUUAAAGUUCGUGAGAAAAUGUGUUUUAGGCCUUGAGAAAUGCUAAUUUCAUCAUUCAUUGCCCAGGUUUACUAUGCAAAUAACUAAUUUGCUAUGACUUCUACUAGUAGAAUAAUAAAGAAGACCAGUUUUAACCAUAAUCAAUGCCAUUUGCAGCGUGUCCUCAACAUGAACGUCUCGUCGUACAUCCACACACACUGUUUGUUCACAGCUACAAGACCCCGACGUUCUGUGACUUUUGUGGAGAAUUGUUAUUUGGCCUGGUUAAACAGGGCCUCAAGUGCCAAGGUAAGUAGUAAUCUCUUUUUUUGUCACACUGAAUUGUUAUUUUUUUAGUUUUUUUUUUGUUUUUUAAUAACAUUUAUAUGAAAUAAUAGAAUUUGAUAGUAAUAUUUGGUCAAAAAGUCAAUAGAAAAGUAAAAAAAAAGCUUACAAAAUAUGUGAGGUUCCUAUGGACUUUUUGUACAAAUAUGUACCUAAUUAAAUUAUAAAACUUUUAAAAAAUGAUAAAAGGAUAGCUAUCAUAUUGAAAAAUCAAAAAUAGAAUGACUAAAACAACAUUUAGGCUGCGGACUAAACUACCACAAGCGUUGUGCCUCCAAGAUACCCAACAAUUGCAAUGGCAGUCGCCAACGACGGCCUUCUGCCAUUCCGUUGUCUCCACGGAAUUCCGUCGGGCUACACCAGCCGGUAGGUUUGUAGCGCUAGUGUUUUGCCAUGGUUACCUAAAAUACAAAUUGAAUAAUUAAAUGCAUUAUCAGUUUUUGUAAGAUUCUUCUUUUUGAAUUUGCUUUUUUUGUUGUUUGCCAUUUCUUCCUAGUUGCCAUUUUCUUUUGUAAAAAAUGGUUUUUCGAAAGUUUGUUGAGGUAACAAAUCUUUUUUUUAAAUCCGUUAAAAUAACUGUUGACAUAGCCAACAACUGAUGAAAAAAGUAGGACAAAACACCUUCUCAAAGAUAAUGAUUCUAAGCAUAUUCCGCACACACUACUUUUUAAAAAUUUAUUUUGCUUUACUUUCAGCAAGGUGUUCUUCUCUCAACCCUAUCACAAUACCAGCUGACAGAAUCGUCGAGUAAUGACUUGGCGACAUCGUCCGUCAGAUCGGUAGCCAGCAACUCGACUUCGAUGGUCGGCUUGGCCGCUCCAGACAUUUUAGUGACAGCCGAUCAAAGCGAAGACGGCGAUCCGAUCGGAGGAAAUGUAAGUUUAUAUUUAAAUGAUGCAGAUUCGUAUAGUUAGAAUUUGAGUAAAAGUAGAUGUUUUUAUAGUUGUUUUUGAUUCUAACCACCAAGACCGUGAUCUAGAUCGUAGUAAGACUUUAAAUUGUUACGAAAAGCUUAUAUUACACUCAUUUUGCAUAACAUUAUGAUUAAAACGGUUUUCAAGAAUAUUACAAUCAUUUCGCGUUAGAACAAUAGUCAGACAAAUGUAUUAAUCAUCCUUUAGUUUCUUCAAAUGCCACGCAAAGAUCGUAGCAGUUCAUGGAGUGGUCGACCCUUGUGGAUGGAGAUCGCCGAAGCUACCAGGGUCAAAGUGCCACACACCUUCCAGGUACACAGCUACAAGAAGCCCACGGUAUGCAGGUACUGUAAGAAGCUGUUGAGGGGUUUGAUGCGACAAGGAAUACAGUGCAAAGGUAAGUGGGUUUGUGUCAUGAGAUAGGUUGUGUAAAACUCAGAGUACCAAAUGUACCUUCGGGUAACAAAAGCAAAAGUUUAAUUUCGACAAUUUUAGACUGCAAAUACAAUUGUCACAAGAAAUGCGCGGAGUUUGUCCCGAAAGAUUGCCCGGGCAAUACCCAGGCAAUCACACAAGCAGGUUUAAUGGGCCGGACUUCAGACGAAGGUAGGUGUAAAUGUACAGUAAUUGAUUGUAUUGUCAGUGUACGAUGAAUUUGUUGAGUUUGACGAUAACGUUGAAGUUUGUGACGAGUAUGGUACUGGUACGUGAUUUUAGUUUUUUUUUAUUUAUCGGUUUAUUUGUUUUUAGUUCUGAUGGCAACUUUAAACCUUCAUUGCACUGAAGGUUUAAAGUUGAUUUAUGUUUUACAAACAUCAGUUUUUUACUUUAGUUAAAAUAUUUUUGACAUUUUAUCUUUUUACUUUUAUAAUCAUAAAUAGAUGUUGAUUAUACUGGUAUUUUGCUAACUAUACCUACUUGUAGCCUUAAACGAAACGCAGCCAGAUGCCCCAACAUCUCCGCGGCAACACAAACGUACUCAAGCUACCCCAAGUGCACCAUUACAACAGACCGAACGUAACAAUAACUCUGGGGAUCCAUCGACGCCAACGGACAACGAUGACCUGACUUCAGAAUCUCAGAAUAUUCCAUUAAUGAGGGUGGUGAUGUCAAAGAAACAAACCAAGCGACAUCACAACAGAAUCAUCAAAGAAGGCUGGAUGGUGCACUACACGGACAAACAGAACAUGGUAAGUUAGUCAAGAGUAAUUUGCAAAAGAAUGUCUUUAACGUAAGUUGAUGCCCUUUAUAUUAUGAUGCUUUUACUACAAGAAUCUUUUAAAAAUAGCUCUGAUUUGUAAACAGCAGGUUCUUUAAAGGUGUGGUCUCAUGCCUUCUCUUGCUACAAUUCUAGUUUCUGAAUCUGUAAACAAACACCUUCUUUAUCGAAAAGUCGCCUUCUUUCUUCAACUCCUUUGUCGUCAACGGUAGCGUCAUUACCAGUGGUCUUAUUAAUCUAAGAGUCGCCUUAUUUGUUCAAUAAGAUGCCUGAACAGUAAACUACGACUUAUAAACGACUCUUAUUGAAAUAGCCCUGGUUUCUUUCACGAAACCCGUAAACAGUUCUUUUCCCCCACUGAUUACGCUUGUCAUUUAGCGAAAGAAACACUACUGGCGACUGGAUACAAAAUGCAUCACGAUGUACAAGGACGCCGAGUCCAAGGGCUACUACAAGGAGCUGCCAUUGUCCGAGAUCCUGGAGGUGACGAUGGUGCCGCACGAUCCCUUGAAGCGCGAACCGACCCAUUACCUCGAGAUCCGAACCCAAGACUCGAAAUACUUUAUCGGUGAGUGUUGGGGAUGAGCAGGUUUAAAAAAGGCGUGCGACAAAACCGCCAAUGGACCGGUUUGGCGGGGAUUUAGCUAGUGAAUGAAGGGCUGAUCACAACUUUUAUCGCUUCGAGACUGGACGCUAUUUUUGGCACAGAACACGGGAAACUUUGCUAUGUUUUGGUUGAGUAGCUUGUGGUUUAGUAGUUUCGUAACUUGUGGGUCAAUCAAGGGGUUACGGAAAUGUUAUACUUAGUCAAAGGAAAAGCGAAAAGAAAAUCUGUAAGGUGCACAUGGUUUAUUCGGUUGGUCAAAAAGUUUAUAUGAAACACACGAUCAGACGGAACGGAUAAUUCCUUACACUUUUUAACCAGACUAUUGCAUUUUUAGGUAGAUACCCUUACAGAAAUCGAAAAAACGAAACGUUUUGGAGAUUUACAAACCCUUUUUUCAUAUUUUAGAUAUAAUAUUCGGGGAAAAAGACAUCAUGGCUCGCUUUUUGACUAUAAAAUCAUAAAAACCCAUUCCGCUGGACGAUCCCUUCAUAUCCGAUAUUAGUUCAGAGCUUAUCAGCCGUUCGAGAGCGUAUUCAAAUUGGUUGCGUCACGAGCUCAAGUAUUAAUUAAACAAUAUUUUCUUGUCGCGAGCGCGCUCCGUGUUAUUGUCUCGACUAAACGCAAUGACUCAAGGCUUUUCACGCUGGACCGGGAACAGUUGCAGCAGCGACUAUCCACGCGGGCCAGUCGCCGUAGACGGGUCAGGUUCGAGUUGAGCACCAAGUCGUGCAAGUUGCAGUCGCUGAGCAUGUUGGUGGAUAAGUAUACCUACACCGAGGACCUGCCUCUGAUCCCCUUCUCCGUGCAUCGGCGAUGUUGUCUGAACGCCUUCCAAAAGCUGUCGCUGGGGUCGCGCAAUUCGAGGAAAUAUUACGAAAGCCGAGCCAAAUGUAGGACUAAAGUUGCUGAUAGUUUAGAUAAUAACUUAUGUUUAUCGCUUUUCAGAGAGAACUUUAAAGCUAAAAUAAAAUAAAUCAUCAGCGCUUGGCUAUACAAUAUUUUAUAACUAAAAGCUGGUCAAGCCUCGAUUCACAUUGAAACAUUCAAAUAAUCAUUUCAGCCGGUGCUCCCAAUGAAUCAGCGAAGCCGACGCCCGCUGAGAAGUCGGCCGAAGUCAUGUCAGGCUGGGCACAGGCCAUUAAACAAGCCCUGAUGCCAGUUACCCCCCAGUCGAGCACGUUGACGAAACGAGAAAGUGCUCAGAGUAUGGUGCAGUUGAAGGUACCAGUACCAGGCGAGACCGGUCAUCUGGGAGUGCAAAUACAAAGCGAGUACCAGUUCUCCCAGUUGUACCAGAUAUUCGCAGACGAAAUGCUUGGAUCUGGACAGUUUGGCAUUGUAUAUGGAGGUAUGUUUCUUCAAUUUAUUAUUUAACAUCGGGUAACUUGUAGUAGUGAUAACUAAGUUGUAGCACAUUAUGUUGCAAAUUAGAUGAUUUGUUGUUAUAUUAUAAAGGAUAGUUACUUUAUUAUGAGAUACUCUACGCAAUAACAAGUCUUUUCAGGUAUUCACAGGAAAACGGGGAAACAUGUAGCAGUCAAACUGAUCGACAAACUCAAGUUCCCGAGCAACAAAGAAGCCGCUCUAAGGACAGAAGUCGAGAUAUUACAGGUAAACAUCAUCUUUAAGUUCCUUCAUUGUAUAUUAUGAUCGUACUAUAUUGCUUUUCAUUAUUAUCAUUUGUGUAUCAUUCCUAAAUUGAGAUUUUCAGAAAGUAAAACACCCCAGCGUGGUAGAGUUCCAACAGAUGCUGGAGACACCUGAUCGUAUCUUUGUUGUUAUGGAAAAACUAAAGGGUGAUAUGUUGGAAAUGAUAUUGAGCAGUGAGCGUGGUCGAUUAUCUGAACGAAUUACACAGUUCCUCACACACCAGGUAAGUAUAUACCACCAAAAACCUUUCUGAUAUCUAAUCGUUAUGACACUAUUUAUAGAUACUGUAUUUUAUGCAUUUUUAUUAGUUCAGCCUAUACUCAAAACACUAAUACAGUAUGCUAAGUUAAUGUUCACAACCAUCAAGAUAACUUUUAUUUUUAGAUCCUAGUCGCCCUCAGAUACCUACACAACCAAAACAUUGUACAUUGUGAUCUGAAGCCAGAGAACAUUCUACUGACUUCUGAUUCUGACUUCACUCAAGUCAAACUCUGUGACUUCGGCUUUGCCAGAAUCAUUGGCGAACGGAGCUUCAGACGGUCUGUUGUUGGUACUCCAGCUUAUUUAGGUAGGUACAAUAUAACUCAUAACCAAAUUUAUAAUUGUGUAAAGGUAACCUUUACAUCACUAAAAUAAGGUUGAACUAGCUGAAAUGUGAUUUUAAUUAUUUUUUUUUUGUAUUUCGUGUUUUUUAUAACUAUAUUUCUUAAUUUUCAGCCCCUGAAGUACUACGUAACAAAGGAUUCAACAGGUCGUUGGAUAUGUGGUCAGUUGGAGUAAUUGUCUAUGUGAGGUAAGUAAUGAUUUACAUUUUCGGUAAUGAGUGUUUAGUCUUUCUGGUACCUUCCCUUUCAACGAAGAUGAAGACAUCAACGAUCAGAUUCAGAAUGCCGAGUUUAUGUAUCCACCUAACCCGUGGAACGAAAUCUCCUCUAAUGGUUAGUCAUCCUAUAUUUUUAGCUUAUACAUUGCUAUCGUUUUAACGUUAUCAUAUCAUCAUAUGAAUAUAAAAAACAGUAUAAUGUCACCUUUGUUACCUAAAAAUUAUUUUUAGCAAUCGAGUUCAUCAACUGUCUACUACAAGUUAAAAUGAGUAAACGGUUGACCGUAUCUAAGGCCCUCAGCCACAUCUGGCUACAAGGCUACCAGCUAUGGUCAGAUCUUCGAUGUUUGGAGCGAGAGGUCGGAGAGCGAUUCCUAACUCACGAAUCCGACGAUCAACGAUGGACAGAAUACGAGAAACAGAACAACAUCGUGCCGGUGUAUCUUUGA